CUUUUAUUACCAACAAGGGGAUCAAAGGGGGGUUUGACCGUCACUGAAAGCCGGAGUGAGUGAACCAACCAAUGAAACGGAAAAUUUUUUCAUCGAAUGGGGGGGAAGGAGAUCUUUGGGUUUAGUAUGGGACUUGCGGGAUUUUUUUUUUGAUCGGCUUAUAGUCUGUUGUGUGUGUGUGUUUUUUUUUCUUCUUUUUCUUUUUUUUUUCCUUCUUAUUUCUCUCUCUACUCCUUGUCGCUGCUAUAGGAUUUUUUUCAAUUAAGAAAAAGAAGAUCGUUUGCAGCUAUACAUGAAUUCUACCCAAUCUCAGGCAACAAAUACCCCCAAACCAACUUUGCAUGGUGUCAAAAUAAAACAACGAAAAGGCGUUCAGAAAGCGCAGGCGAAACACGAACCUGAAAUUUUCCGUGACAAUUUAUUAUCUCAACUAGCUCUUGCAAAGCCAGGAGACCUCGAAGACAUUUCCUCUAUUCUUGAUAAAACUGGUAAUACUCUCGAAUAUCGCAAAUACGGUGAAUCUUUAUUUGAAAUCCUUAUUACUGGUGGCAUUUUACAACCUGGUGGUAUUAUUCUUGAUGAUGUUGAACGUAGUCCUUUCAGUAUCUUUGGUGCUGAAGAUGAAUCAACCUCGAUUAAGAAACAUGUGGAUGUUUUCAACAAGUUGAUCCGUAGAUAUAAGUAUUUACAACGACCUUUUGAAGAAACUCUUAAGAAUAUUUUGCAGUUUAUCAACAAAUGGCAAGUCGAUGAAAACAGCAAGUUGGCCAAGGCUACUGGUUAUUUUAUUACCACUCAAUUAGCCAAUCCUAUUGUAUUCAAGGUACUUUUGAAGGAUUAUCUCGUUAAGGAUGGUCAUUCUCUUGUAUUUGCAACUGCUGUGUUCCGUACUAUUCUCACUGAACAAAAUAUUGAUCAACUCGGUAAAUAUUUGGUUCUUUCUGGUAUGGAUACUCGUCUUUUGGAAUUAUUCCCUCCCAAUAAACGUGAAGAAGAAUGUCUUUCUCGUCACUUUGAAGCCGAAGAUAUGAAACAAUUGGUUGGAUUCCAUCAACGUAAUCAAAAGAACUCCAUGAAAGGUGAUCUCUUAUCCAAUUUGAAGCAUUUGUUAUCUGAAGAAACUCCCGUUGAAGAAGUUCUUACUGUUAUCAAAGAAGCAAAAAAAGAUGCUGGACUUGAUGAAUCUGAUGUAAUCCCAAUUAUUUGGACUGCUAUUAUUGAUAGUGUGGAUUUGAUGAACACUCGUCCUGAUCAAGUGGAAUCUUCAGUACUUCGUGGAUUGAAUCAAUGGUCCAGGCUUUUGGAAAACUAUACCGCAUCUCCCAAGACCGAAAUCUUACUUCUUCAACGAGUUCAAAUCACCUGUUACGAAGAUGCUAAGGUCACCAAGGUAUUCCGUCAAAUCAUUCAACUCUUAUACAAGAAUGAUGUGUUAUCAGAUAAUGCUAUCUUGUACUGGGCAGACAAGGCUCAUAAACCUCAAGGCAAAACCGUCUUUUUGAAGCAAAUGGCUCCUUUUGUGCAAUGGCUCCGUGAUAAUGAAGAUAGCUCUGAAGAAGAAGACUAAAACUAGCCCUUUUUUUUAUAUAUAUAUUUUGUUACUUUUUUUUUAUUUUAUUUUUGUGGUUGGAUUGAAUUGGAUUCUUCAUUCUUUUUAUUAUUAUUAUUAUUAUUUUGAUUAUUUCUUCAAUAAAUUAUUAUUUGAUGAAUUG